ACCUAACCGUAUGCCGCCGCCGCCAUAUAAAUCAUUCGGCUUCGUUGAGUCCUUACAAAUGUAAAUUUGGAUUUUAAUUUGGUUUUUUCCCUCUCCAUCCAUGGACUCCAGUUUGUGUUCCUUGUUUUCCACGCAGAGCGUAUUCCUACGCUUGGAGAAAUAUGAAAAUGAAUUCGAGACCAUGCGGGAACUGUUUACACUCCCACAGAAUUUACAGAAAUUUUGUGAGGACACUUCACUGCAGUGGAUAAAGUUACAGGAGAAAAAUGAGGACACGGAAUUCGCUAUGAAAGACGACGAUGAACGAAUUCAGGAGUCCAAUGAAUUGAGGAAACAGGGAAAUCUAUUAUUUAAUGCCAAGAGUGAUAGAAACAUUCUGGGUGCAUGUCGUCUUUAUAAUGAUGCCAUAUUUGCUGCCCUAGACUGUAAAGGUUGUGAAGAAAUAGCCCUAGGAUUUGCAAAUCGUGCCAUGGCCUUGCAGGCAUUUGGAUAUUAUAGUCAGGCUUAUGAUGAUUGUUUUUGUGCCCUCAAGAGUGGAUAUCCACAUGCAAUGCGUCACAAAGUAGUAACGCGCCAGGCCUACUGUUCGCUGAAGCUUAAAGAUGUGCAAUCAUUAAAGAAACAUUUACUGGAGUUGGAAGGUCUGUCGUUGAACGAAAGUUUCCAAAAGCAAUUCACCGAAUUGCAAGAAUCUCUGAAGCAAUUAAUGAUUGAUAAGUGCUCAGAACAAGAUGAAAUGGAGGAGGAGGAGGAAAUCAAAAAGAGCAGAAAUUCACAGGAAAUCAUUGACACCGGCACUGAUUUGGGCCGUAUCAUGAAAGCCAAAUGCUUUAUACCAAAGAAUCAACUAAUCUUUCGCGAGAAAGCUCCAGCUUUCACACCAGUGGGUGAUGGACGUAGAAUUUGCCAUCAGUGUGGUAUAACCGGUUUUAUACCCUAUCCUUGUUUUAAUUGUCGUGGUCGUGUUGUAUAUUGCUCUCUUAAAUGCCAAAAGGAACAUGAGGAUUUGCAUAGAUAUGAAUGUCCCGGAUAUCGCUUUCAGUUUUUCGCUCAUGGUGGUAUUGCUCACUUAGCUUUAAGGACUAUUUUAGACAAAGGAGGUCUACUAACAAUUAUUGACGAUUUGAAAUCUAAAACUAGCGAUAACGAAAUAUGGAAAGCACUGACAAAAGGUGGAGAUGUUUGGGAGAAUAGUGCAUCAAUAUAUGUUGAAUCGCUUCGCAUGGUUUCCAAUUUGGAAAUAAUGACAAUCAUGGACAUAAAGUGGUUUGCUUUGGUCUCCUAUCUGAUGGUUGUGUAUUUGAAACACUAUACUAAAUACUUUGAUAAACUUAGGGAAUACAAUACCAAAUGUAAUUGGGAACUGGUUGUUGGCACAUUAAUCCUUCGACACGUUGGUCAGUUAAUAUCAAAUGCUCAUAUGUUGACGACCAUAAUUGCCAAGCCGUUAUAUUUUACAAUGACGGAUUUUUAUCUGCUAAACGAUCGAAUAUGGUUGAAACCAGGCCACUUAAAACGUGGCUACUUGCAUACAUUCAGUAACUAUGAAGAUGUGGCUGCAAUAAAUUUACCCUAUCUGAGUAUUUGCAAUCAUUCCUGUGUCCAAUCUUUCCAACCGAAAUUUUCUGGACGUUGUGUUAGUAUCUUUGCUCUACGUGACUUGAAGGCAGGUGAUGAAAUCACCAAUUGUUAUGAUUUGGACUAUCGCAAGGCCAAGAGGGCGGCGAGACGCCAACGCUUAAAGUCUACCUACAAUUUUGAUUGUAAGUGUGAGAAUUGUGUGCAGCCCAAUGAGGAUGCUGAUUUUAAUCAAUAUCAUCGUUAUCGUUGUGAUAAUAAAGACUGUGGUGAAAUAUUUAUUCCUAUUAUUCCCCAAAGACGUUCAUUAAACUGGUGGCAAAACACCGAUGAAGGUUCGGUAGAUGAUAUAACAAUAUAUUGUACAAAAUGUGGUUGUGAGCAACGUCUCGAUUGGUAUCAUGAAAUAAAACGUUCCAUUGAGAGAACACGCCAGAGUGAGACACGACGCCGUCUAUAUCAAAUAUUUAAACAGCUCGAAAAUGUCUUGUUGGGCCUCAAUGAUGUCCGUUCUUAUGUGGCCUUGAAGUUUUGUUCGGAAUGGUUUAAACUACCAUAUCAUGGUAUUGCAUUGAAUGAUCAGGAUUACGUUGAACUUAUUGAUAUGACAAAAUAUCUCAUGGAGUGUACUAAACACCAAUCAUCUGCCAAUUCCAUUGAAUACGUUGCUGAGAUGAUAUAUCUAUGGGAUAUAGCUGCCAUGGGAAAAUACAAAUGUACGCCAAAUGAAAAAGAAGAAAUGUUAUUUGCUCUAAGCAUAAUAUCGGAUCAAACUAAAGAAAUAUUUCUUAAUUAUUAUAAUGAUUAUGUCAAAGAUAUAUAAACGCUAUCUCGCUCUCUCUGUUUGUUGUUGUGUUAUUGCUGCAUUUGAUGCUGUUAUUAAAUACUUACCUGUUUGCUUUUACUUACUCGCAAAAUGAUAAAUAUAGUAAUAAUAUUAAUAUAAUAUAUGAAUUCAUAUAAUAUAAUCUCUCAAGUUUUAUCUUCAGCCUUUUUUACUUAAUAAAUAAACAAUAAAUAGAAAACCGUAA